CUUUCGCAGGUUUACACGAUCUAAUAGUGUAACAACAGCUGUGCAAGCAGACCUGGAUUUCCAUGAGAACUUUGAAAUAAUCAACCCUCAAGAGGACAAUACAUGUUCUGGACAAAUAUCAAGACAAUUUUCUCGAGAUGCAAGCACCUCUACUGUUAGCAUACAAGGGUCAGGAAACCAUUACCAUGCAUGUGCAGUGGAUGAUGACUUUGAAACAGAUUUUGAUCCAUCCAUUUUACCUCCUCCUGACCCCUGGAUUGACUCUAUCACCGAAGAUCCUCUGGAAGCUGUUCAAAGGUCAGUGUGCCCACGAGAUGGCCACUGGUUUCUGAAGCUACUUCAGGCAGAGAGAGAUCGUAUGGAGGGCUGGUGCCAACAGAUGGAAAGAGAAGAACGGGAAAACAACUUACCAGAGGACAUUCUAGGGAAAAUUCGAACUGCAGUGGGCAGUGCCCAGCUUCUCAUGGCCCAGAAAUUUUACCAGUUCAGAGAACUUUGUGAAGAAAACCUGAAUCCUAAUGCACAUCCACGACCGACCUCCCAGGAUUUAGCAGGGUUUUGGGAUAUGCUGCAGUUGUCCAUAGAAAAUAUUAGUAUGAAAUUUGAUGAACUUCAUCAGUUAAAGGCCAAUAAUUGGAAACAGAUGGAUCCUCAUGACAAGAAGGAGAGAAGGGUCCCUCCUCCAGUGCCAAAGAAGCCAUCGAAAGGUCAGGUGCCACUCAUACGAGAACGCUCUCUGGAAAGCUCGCAGCGUCAAGAGGCCCGGAAACGGCUGAUGGCUGCCAAGCGCGCUGCAUCGGUCCGACAGAACUCAGCUACCGAGAGCGCCGAAAGCAUUGAGAUAUACAUCCCCGAAGCCCAGACGAGGCUAUGAAGGGAUCCGACCGGGAGGACUCUCUCUGGCAAGACAAGCCUCAUGUAUAAUCUGCCCCUCUAGGCUCCUGCUCAAGGUCACCACAAAGUAUUUGUACCUCCUCCUCCCCCCCCCUCUCUCGCUCCCUGUCCCCACCUCUCCCUCUCCCCUCUCUCUGUACGCAGCUGCCCCGAUGCUCCCAGUGAACUCCACUGCCGUGGCGUAGUUGUCGGUCCUCCGAGAGAUGUCCUCUAAUCACCCUUGCUUUCUGAAGGUUCGCCCAUGUCAUCAUGAUGCUUUGUCACAUGUACUGAUGCUGCCACUUUGCCUCAUGUAAACAAGUACGAUCCUUUUUUUUUUUCUGUUUGAAACAAAUAAACGCAGCGCUCAGACUUCCACACACCCACGCACCUGUACAGUAGAUGCUCCAUUUAACUUACUCAUGAUCUUUAGUUGACCUAAAGCUAGUCUGUUACCCAGUGUACAGCAAUAUCAAACUGUAGGGGACUUUGGAAAUUUCAGUCAUGCAGGGUGAUCCUUUCGGACUCUGCCGUCUUCCUCACAAAAGAUGAAAGGAGCUAUGACUCAGAUUCCCUUCUUUUUAUUACUGUUUUUUUU